AUGAAGAGUUAUAAACAGAACAUUUGUACUGUUGAACAAAGAAAUAUCCUAAGUUGUAAAUUAACAAAAACGCUUGUCGACUCAGACCGAGACUUCUGGUUCAAGGAAGCUAAUCCUGGGCUUAAGCGGCGCUUGUCACUACAGAUCCGCCGUCAAUCGGCGAAAAAUGUGGUGCUCCUAGUUGGGGACGGACUGGGUCUGGCUACACUCACGGCAGCGAGGAUCUUCAAGGGGCAGCGGCAGGGACAACCGGGGGAGAGCAGCCACCUGGCAUGGGAGAAGUUCUCUGCAGUCGCGUUAACAAAGACGUACAAUCUCGACGCUCAGAUCGGCGAGUCUUCCGCCUGCGCUACUGCACUCCUCUGCGGUGUAAAGGCGAACUUCGAGACUGUCGGCCUGAACAUCAUAGGGAAGUUCGGGAACUGCACGUCUAGCUUCGUGUCGAGGGUGGAGUCCCUCAUUGACUGGGCUAAAACAGGAAGUGAAGAAUACGGAGUAAAUAACACGGCUGUGUUGGUAAACCUUCUUUUAUUUUUGCCAGGUUUGUUCUUAUUCUCACACAUGGAGUUCGAUGCCGAUCGAGACAGAACGGCUGAGGGCGACCCUUCACUUGCAGAAAUGACAAGGACCGCCCUCUUGAAGAACCCCAGAGGAUUCUUCCUGUUCGUGGAAAGUAGUAGGAUCGAUGACGCUCACCAUUACAACAAUUCUUAAGGAGCCCUGGAGGAGACCUUGGUGCUCGAGGAUUCGCUGCUAGAGGUCCUGUCAGUCACGGACCCGCUGGAGACUUUUACAGUUGUCACUUCAGACCAUUCCAACGUUCUUACGUUCGGUGGACUGUCCACUCCGCUCGGCAACCCUAUACUAGGAACCGACACCAAGGUGUCAGACAUGGACGGCUUGCCUUACUCUACCCUGCUGUAUGGUAACGGCCCGGGCUACGCUGCUCCAAGAUCGAUCCCCGCCAACACCACCAGUGUCAACUCCGUCUACGGGUCCGCUGCGUCUCGGCAAUGGGCGGCACACGCCGGUGAGGAUGAGUAUGAUCUAUCAACUUGA